ACCUUUCACAAUCCCUCCUCACACCUCUCUCCACCUCUCUUCUGUGAACUCUUACAUUUCUUUUCGCAGAUAAACCUGCUUUUUCUAAUAUCCCCUUUGUACCAUAGUCUGCUUUAACGAUUGUACUGACGACCUUUCAUAAUGGCUCCCGCAAUUGGUAUUGAUUUGGGUACCACCUACUCCUGCGUGGGUAUCUUCAGAGAUGAUCGCAUUGAAAUCAUUGCAAACGACCAGGGAAAUCGCACCACCCCAUCAUUCGUUGCCUUCACAGACACCGAGCGCUUGAUUGGUGACGCUGCAAAGAACCAAGUCGCCAUGAACCCCGUAAACACAGUCUUCGAUGCCAAGCGUCUCAUCGGUCGUAAAUUCAACGAUGCUGAGGUCCAAGCCGACAUGAAGCACUUCCCCUUCAAGAUCGUCGAUAAGGGCGGCAAGCCCAUCAUCCAAGUUGAAUUUAAAGGCGAGACCAAACAGUUCACACCGGAGGAAAUCUCCUCCAUGGUCUUGACGAAAAUGAGGGAGACGGCCGAGUCUUAUCUUGGCGGCACAGUUAACAAUGCUGUCGUAACCGUGCCAGCUUACUUCAACGACUCCCAGCGCCAGGCUACUAAGGAUGCCGGUCUGAUUGCUGGUCUCAACGUUCUCCGUAUCAUCAACGAGCCCACUGCCGCCGCUAUUGCUUACGGCCUUGACAAGAAGGUCGAUGGCGAGCGUAAUGUUCUGAUCUUCGAUUUGGGUGGUGGUACUUUCGAUGUUUCCCUCUUGACCAUUGAGGAGGGUAUCUUCGAAGUUAAGUCUACUGCCGGUGACACCCACUUGGGUGGUGAGGACUUUGAUAACCGUCUCGUCAACCACUUCGUCAACGAGUUCAAGCGCAAGCACAAGAAGGAUCUUUCCGUCAAUGCUCGUGCUCUCCGUCGUCUCCGCACUGCUUGCGAGCGUGCCAAGCGCACUCUUUCUUCUGCCGCUCAGACUUCCAUCGAAAUUGACUCUCUCUUCGAGGGUAUCGACUUCUACACCUCUAUUACCCGUGCUCGUUUCGAAGAACUCUGCCAGGACCUCUUCCGCUCCACCAUGGAGCCCGUCGAGCGUGUCCUCCGUGACGCUAAGAUCGACAAAUCCUCUGUCCACGAAAUUGUCUUGGUCGGUGGCUCUACCCGUAUUCCCAAGAUCCAGAAGAUGGUUUCCGACUUCUUCAAUGGAAAGGAGCCCAACAAGUCCAUCAACCCUGACGAGGCUGUCGCCUAUGGUGCCGCUGUUCAAGCUGCUAUCCUCUCUGGCGAUACCUCUUCCAAGUCUACCAACGAAAUUCUCCUUCUCGACGUUGCUCCUCUUUCCUUGGGUAUCGAAACCGCUGGUGGUGUCAUGACUCCUCUCAUCAAGCGCAACACUACCAUCCCAACCAAGAAGUCCGAGACCUUCUCCACCUUCUCCGACAACCAGCCUGGUGUCCUGAUCCAGGUCUAUGAAGGUGAACGUGCUCGUACCAAAGACAACAACUUGCUCGGUAAAUUUGAACUUACUGGCAUUCCUCCUGCCCCACGUGGUGUUCCUCAGAUCGAGGUCACCUUCGAUCUUGAUGCCAACGGUAUCAUGAAUGUUUCUGCUCUCGAGAAGGGUACUGGAAAGACCAACAAGAUCGUCAUUACCAAUGACAAGGGUCGUCUCUCCAAGGAGGAAAUCGAACGCAUGUUGGCUGAGGCCGAGAAGUACAAGGCCGAAGACGAGGCUGAAGCCUCCCGCAUCAGCGCCAAGAACGGUCUCGAAUCCUAUGCCUACUCCCUCCGCAACACCAUGAGCGACUCCAAGGUCGAUGAGAAGCUCGACGCUGCUGAUAAGGAGAAGCUCAAGACUGAGAUCGACAAAAUCGUUGCCUGGCUCGAUGACAACCAGACCGCCUCCAAGGAAGAAUAUGAAGACAAGCAGAAGGAACUUGAAGGUGUUGCCAACCCAAUCAUGAUGAAGUUCUACGGAUCCGGUGAGGGUGGAGCUCCAGGUGGAUUCCCCGGUGCCGGUGCCGGUGGUCCUGGCGGAUUCCCUGGUGCUGGUGGUCCCGGAGGUGAUGACGGCCCAACCGUUGAGGAGGUCGACUAAAUUUAACGCUUCGUCGCUUUCGAUCACUUCUUUUUCGACCACUUUUUCAUACCUGGCGCUUAAAAUCAUGACUUGUCGAUUUUCUUUAUUAGGGUGCAAGGUUUUUUAAUGACACGUGUGUUCCCUUCUGUUUUCUUUACGGUCUUGAGGGGUCACGAUGGGUUUGAUAUGUCCUAUGGUCUUUUUUUAUGACAUUGCAUAGAUUUGAGUUGGGCGUCUGCCAAUUCGAAUUUUUUUUCUUUCCAAUUAUGCUCCGCCUUUUCCUUUGCCUCUUAUGAAUAAACAAAAACAGAAAUCUUUAUGGGGGUUGUAGGUAGGAAAAGUUUAUCAUAAUAAACGGAGCUGAU